AUGAAGAUCAAAGCACUCAACGUCUACCCCAUUAAGGCUCUCCGCCCAAUCCACCUUACCGAGGCAACCCUCACCCCGCAAGGCAUCCUCCACGACAGGACCUACAUGCUGUUCAAAGUCAAUCCGGACUCGACCCUCCGCAAGAUGCAACUCUCCACCUUCCCCCAAUGCGCUCUUCUCUCCCAGGAGAUCGUCGGCUCUCCCGACGAGGACGGCGGCGAAGAGAUUCUCGUAAAGUACAACGUUCCAACCCCGCCUCUUAUCGACCACCACCUCCUCCAGGAUACGACGCUUUCGGUGCCUCUCGUCCCGGAUACAUCGUCUCUGGAACCCAUUUCAGUCGACCUUCACGGAAGUCCCGCCGAGGCACUCCGCAUGGGGGAGCCAUACGACGCCUUCUUCUCCGCUUGCUUCGGCUUCCCCACCAUCCUAGUCCACAUCGGCUCCGGACGCCGCCGUGUCCUCGGCACCCUCGCCCCAGGGUCAUCCUCCAAGCAGCAGCAACAGCAGCAGUCGUCCUCUCUAUUCUCGUCCAUCACAUCGUAUCUCCCCUCCCUCUCGUCUCUGUCCAAGUCUGAAGAUGAUGAACAAGCCUGGCUCACCUUCACCGACUGCGCCCCUUACCUCAUCACAUCAGAUUCCUCCCUAACUUACCCAUCCCUGACCUCCUUCCAGAACCCGGAUGCCCCAUCCACCAUCAUGCCCAAGAUGCGCCCCAACAUUGUCGUAGAAGAUUCCUCCGAGGCACCCUUCGCCGAGGACUUUUGGGCAGAGCUGUCCCUCCCUGCCUCCUCCAACGCCAAGCUCCUCCUAACGGCCAACUGCGGUCGCUGCACCUCUCUUAACGUCGAUUACGCCCUCGGCCGCGCAGCCCCCGGACCCGAGGGGAAGCUCCUCAACACACUGAUGAAGGACCGCCGCGUCGACCCGGGUCACAAAUACGCACCCGUCUUUGGCCGGUACGCCUUCCUCGAGGUCCCUUCCGUGGGAGACGGGUCCCUGGCCGGGGAUGGAACUGUCCAAAUCCGCGUGGGCGACCAAGUCGUCGUCACCCGGCGCAACGCCGAGAGGACAGUCUUUGACUGGGACAUACCGGCUCCCGCCGCAAAGAAGACCGUUGCCGUUGCAUAA